AUGUGUCAAAAGAAGGUUCAGAGGCUUGGGAAGCUGCCAUUAAAAGGUUGGUGAACUUUGUGUUUAAAAUGCGUUGAUAUUCCUGAGCUUGUACAGUAUACCUUGUCAUCUUUCUGGGAGUGUAUUGGCUUAAAACAGUUUCUGUGUUAUGAAGUAGGGAGAAAAUGACCCAGAUAUUCAGUGUAUUAGAUUUAAUUAAAGGUCUGGGUUUUGGUGUUGACCACUCCAUUGCAUUGUUUUUUGAGACACAUAUUUUGCCCUUGUUGGUCAGGUAUGAUGAGCGCAUUGACAGAGUGGAAACACGGAUCACAGCUCGUUUGCGAGAUCAGCUUGGAACAGCAAAGAAUGCUAAUGAGAUGUUCAGGAUCUUCUCCAGGUUCAAUGCUCUGUUUGUGCGUCCUCAUAUCAGAGGUGCUAUCCGAGAGUACCAAACUCAGCUUAUCCAGAGAGUAA